AUGGUUCUGGGGAUAAGAACAAAGAGCAGGAAGAGCACAGCUGUUCAGGUUGAUUACCUUAUCCAUGUGCUGGAGAUUAAACCAUGGCCCUCAUCUCAGGCUUUGAGAUCUGUACAGUCUGUGUUGCUUCAAUGGGAAAAUGGUGAUCAUGUUUCUGGAUCCUUUACUUGUAACGUUGGAGAUGGGAAGAUCGAAUUCGGCGAGUCUUUCACCCUUCCAGUCACUUUGUACAGGGAGAAAUCAAGAAAAAGCACUGUACGUGAUACUUACCAGAAGAACAACUUGGAAUUUUACUUGUAUGAACCUCGAAAAGACAAGGCAGUGAAAGGUCAACUGUUGGCAUCAGCCGUGAUAAAUCUUGCAGAUUAUGGGAUCAUCAUAGAAACCAGAAAUGUGAGCACUCCAUUGAACUGGAAGAAAAGCUUUAAGAGUUCCGCCCAACCGGUUCUUUAUGUUAAUGUUCAGCCAUGUGUUAAACCUAGCUCCAGCUUGUCACCAAAGGGCAGCUUGUCCAGAGAUGUGUCUCUGGAGAAUGAUGGAACUGAAUCUGUUCCUGAGUCCAUGAAUGAUGGCAAUGAUGAGAUUGCCUCAUUUACUGAUGAUGAUGAAGAUGAUGAUGAUGAUGAUGGUGUUUCCUCACAUUCAUCACAUACUGUAACCUCCUCUGCUUUUGAGAAAACAGUCAGUUCAUUACCUAGCAGCAGUGAAAAGAAUGAAUCAGAAUCAACAACUGAUAGCACUAGACGGCUUUAUGGGGAGCCUGCCGUUGAGUCAAUAGCAACAUCUGCAAGCACAGGGGCAACUCCAGUGGCUAAAGCAUUCAAAAACCAAAAUGGAAGUUCAUCUCCAUCAUCGUCAAUAGGCUCUUCCUCCAUUCUGCUGAACCCUACAAAUGAUCCUGCUUCUUUUCCUAACGUUCCAAGGGAGAGCUCAAUGCCAACCCUGAAAAAAUCUCUCACUCCCUCUGUUCACUCAUCUUCUUCAUCCUUUGGCCAUCAAGAAAGCCAUAAAAAAUCUGGUAACCAUAAUAUUAAGGACAACAGAAUUAAUAUUGUCAGUAACCAUGCUACUGAAGGUGCAUCCUCAAGCACGCCUAUUCAGGAGGACACAGACUCAGUAUUUGCAAGCAAUGCAGAUUCGCAAGCUAAUCGAGAGGAUGGUCAUCUCCUAAAGGUGAAAGAAUAUUCAUUUGAUGACAAAUUAGCUUCCAGAUUUUCACAAGACACUACCAGAAAGCAAGUCAGGUUAAAGAGUGAAACUUUUACAAUCGGCAGGAAUACUGUUGGAGUGCAGGGCAGUAAGGUUAAAAGUAAUGAAUUAAAGCAUGUAAAGUCUUUGCAGUUACCUUUUGUCUCAGCUCAGAACAAUAGACUUCCAAGCAAUAAUGAGUUUGUCGAGAAGUCAAAGGAAGCUGAUAUUCCUGAAGAUGUUCAUGUUUGUGGUAUGAUUAGUGGAACAAGUGAAAGAGAGGAAACAACAACCAGAUUUUCUGAUAGUAAAGUUGACUUGGAGUCCACAAUUGAAUUGCUUAAGGAAGAAUUGAGAGAAGCUGCUGCUGUUGAGGUUGGCCUUUACUCAGUUGCCGCUGAGCAUGGGAGCUCUGCAAAUAAGAUUCAUGCUCCUGCUCGAAGACUGUCUAGAUUCUAUUUAAAUGCUUGCAAAACGAGCUCUCAAGCUAAGAAGGGAAACGCAGCAAGAGCGGCUAUUACUGGAUUGAUUUUGGUGUCUAAAGCAUGUGGAAAUGAUGUUCCAAGGUUGACAUUCUGGUUGUCGAAUUCAAUUGUGUUGAGAGGUAUCAUCAGCCAGACCUUAAGGAAACCACAAAUUUCUGCUCAACCCCGGACUAAAAUUAAUGCUGGGGGGCUUUUAUCAGCAAAGAAUGGGUUUCCUCCUCACAAGGAAGAGAAUGAUAGGACUCUUGAAAGUUUUGAUAAUUGGGAAGAUCCACAGAUAUUUAUGGCCGCUUUGGAAAAGUUUGAAGGUUGGAUCUUCUCCCGAAUUGUUGAGUCUGUAUGGUGGCAGAAUAUGACUCCAUAUAUGCAGUCAGCAGCUGCCAAGGGCUCAAGCUCAAGGAAAACCUAUGGAAGGAAGUACGGUUUGGGUGGUCAUGAGCAGGGUAAUUUUUCUAUGGAGCUGUGGAAAAAGGCUUUCAAAGAUGCCUGUGAAAGGCUUUGUCCUGCAAGAGCUGGUGGACAUGAGUGUGGUUGCUUGCCUCUGCUGGCUCGUUUGGUAAUGGAGCAGUUAGUGGAUAGAUUGGAUGUGGCUAUGUUCAAUGCUAUUCUUCGUGAAAAUGCUGAAGAGAUGCCCACAGAUCCUGUGUCUGACCCCAUAAGUGAUUCCAAGGUUCUCCCUAUUCCAGCUGGAAAGUCAAGCUUUGGGGCUGGUGCACAGCUAAAAAACGCGAUUGGUAGCUGGUCCCGAUGGCUUACUGAUCUAUUUGGUAUAGAUGAUAGUGAUGCUCCUGAUGAUGAUACUGAACUCAGUGAUCAAAAGCGACUAAACUGCGAAAAAUCCUUUAAAGCUUUCAGUCUUCUUAAUGCUUUGAGUGAUCUGAUGAUGCUUCCAUUUGAUAUGCUUGCAGAUAAAUCCACCAGAAAAGAAGUAUGCCCUACAUUUGGUGCACCACUGAUCAAGAGGGUUCUUUACAAUUUUGUUUCAGACGAGUUUUGCCCAGACCCAAUUCCUGAAGCAGUUUUUGAGGCUCUUGAUUAUGAGGAGAAUUUAGAAGCUGAAGUAGAGUCUGCUUCAAGUUUCCCAUGUGCUGCAAAUCCUACAGUCUAUUCACCACCUCCAGCUGCUUCACUAAUAGGCAUUAUAGGAGAGGUGGGAAGUCCAACUCUCUUGAGGAGUGGGUCAUCAGUGGUUAAGAAAUCAUACACUAGUGAUGAUGAGCUUGAUGAGUUGGAUUCACCGAUGACUGCAAUCAUCAUAGACAAUUCCCCGGUUUCUCCCAGUUCAUUGACAGCCAACUCAGUGCUGAAGUCGAAGGGUGGUCGAAAAGUUGUCAGAUAUCAACUCCUCCGUGAAGUUUGGAAGGAUAGUGAAUGA